UGCGCCUAAUCACCUAAUGUUCACAUGGCCGACUGGUUUUAUUAAAUAUGUUCAGGAAACGGGGCCUAAAUUAUCACCUACGAAAAAAGAAAAAGAAAAGACAGAGUCUUCCAAGUUCAAGUAAAAAAGAAAAUGGGAAAGCAGUAGCUGCUUUGCAAGGGCGCCUCGCGAGUGUUGGUCGUUCUUUCACUAAUGAUUUAACACCAGAAGCAAGCAAGAGAAAGAGCGAAGAGAACAUAUGAAGCAUGAAUUUUAUCAUCAAAUACUCGCCAAGGCUUUAGCGCAUUUCUUUCAAUCGAAGUUUCUGGUCAUAACUUGGUCAGACCUUAGGUAGGUGAAAGCUUGGAGUUGGUAAAAAAGGAAAUUAAUUGUUGUUUCGUGAAGAGUGAAAGUAUUUCUUGCUUGAUUAGAAGUUUGUCCGCCUGAUGCGUACUAUGCACUUUGGAAUUUGAGCAGCAGCUUUGUGAAGAUUUAUCCAAUAUAAUCUUUGAGAACUUGAUUGAUUGUGCAAGCAUGGCAAGUACUGUAGGUGUCUCCAGUUCACUUAUUUUGGAAGUUCUCAACCGCAAUAACUAUGAAAAGUGGAGAUUGCGGGUAAAAACUUAUUUGUUGGCUGAGGAUCUAUGGGAGGUUGUCGAAGCAAUAACAGAACCUGCAAAUCUAGAAGAUGAUGGAGCAGAAUAUAAGUCUUGGAGAAAAAAGAAUGCCAAGGCUUUAUACGUUAUUCAAAAUUCAUGCGGGCCGGAGAUGUUUAAUUUUAUAAGCCAAACUGAAAUGGCCAAAAGUGCCUGGGAGGCUUUAGAAAAAAUUUCGAGGUUAACAGGGCAUGUUGAGAACAGUGCCGAAAACUUCGGGCCCUACAUACCGUUCACCGAAUUUGUGAGCGAAGGUGAUUGGGAUAAGGCAAAGGAGUGCCUUAAACUCAAAGAACUAGAUCUCCACAGCGCCGUAAGAGCAAUAGAUCCAAGAGACGGGUGUGGAGACACAGCCAUUCACGUAGCAGCCUGGAAUGGGCACGUGAAUAUCGUGAAAGAGUUGGUGCUGUUGAUGACCCAAGAAGAUCUGAAAAUGAAAAACGCUGAAGGUAACACAGCUCUUCAUGUAGCAGCAUGGAAUGGGCAACUGCAUAUUGUGAAAGAGUUGGUGCUGUUGAUGGGAGAAGAAAUAAACAGCGAUGGUUCCACGGCUCUUCACUUAGCAGCCUAUAAUGAGAAGGUGGACAUUGUGAAGGAGUUGGUGCGGUUUAUGAGACCAAAAGACUUGAAAAUAAAAGACAGCUAUGGUUACACAGCUCUUCACCUAGCAGUCAAGAAGGGAAAUGUACCUAUAGUGAAAGAUUUAGCGGAGUUGGUGGGAGAGGUGAGAGGCCCUGAUGGUGACACUGCUCUUCAUAUAGCAGUCAAGAUGGGGGCUACAAAAAUUGUGAAAGAGUUGGUGUCGUUGAUGAGAAGGGAAGAUUUGUCAAUAAAAAAUGACGAAGGCUACACAGCUUUUCAGCUAGCAGUAAAGAAGGGUAAUGUGCCUACUAUGAAAGAGUUCAUGACAAAAGAAAAAGAGCGCAAUUUUAAUAGCUAUACUCAGUUCAUCACUUAUGUGGCAAAUGGUGAUUGGGAUAAUGCAAAGGAGUGCCUUAAUGAUGAUCCCUGUGACGCAAUAACGUUAGUGGAUCCAAGAGACGGAUAUGGAGACACUGCUCUUCAUGUAGCUGCUAGAAAAGGGCAUGUGCAUAUUGUGAAAGAAUGGAUAUCGUUGUUGAAGGUGAGAAAAGAAAAUUUGCAAUUGAAAACCGUAGAAGAUUUCGCAACUUUUGGUUCUAGUAUAAAUUUAGGCGUGACUGAAGAAGUUCUCAUGGAAAGGGCCAAAGACAUGGUUGAACAGUACGAGAAAACACCUACCGCCAUUUUGGAUGUACAAAAUGCACAAGGUUCCACAGCCCUUCACAUAGCAGUAUCAGAGGGUAAUUUAGAUAUUGUCAGAGAGUUGGUGCCAUUAAUGAGAGAAGAAGAUUUAGAGAUAAAAGAUGUUGAAGGAUUCACAGCUCUUCACAAUGCAGUCGAGAAGGGUUAUAUUGAUAUUGUGAAAGAGUUGGUGCCAAUUAUGAGACAAGAAGGUUUGGAAUUAAAAACAGCCAAGGGCAACAAUGCACUUCACCUUGCAGUCAGGUUCGGGCAUAUAAAUAUUGCGAAAGAGGUGAUGUCAUUCAUGAGAAAAGAAGCUUUGGAAGAAAAAGACGGUGAAGGUUAUACAGCUUUAAGAUGUGCGUUAGAGGUACGCAAGGAUGAAGACGUGAUGGAAAUAGCCAAGUACAUGGCUGAAAACAACAAUAAAGUAUUUGGCAUCAAUGUGGCUUCUGGUACGAUUCCAGUUGUCGCCUGUUUCGGUAAGGGAAAAUCCCAUUUGUGUCCCUAUCUCUAUUCUGUUACUCCGCUUGAAUAUCUAAUGCCCGAGCGCGGUGAGGAUGGCGCGCGCUUGAUUGUCCGGUGCUUUAGAGGGAAGAAGUUUGAUAUUGCUUUGGACUUACUUCGGCGUUGCCCUAGAUUGGCCAUCAGUCCAACCGGAUUUGAGUCGUGUUGCCCUAUAAUGGAAUUGGCUGGCAUGCAUUCUGCAUUCUUAAGUGGAACCCAACUUGGAUUUGGGCAAUAUUUGAUCUAUAAUCGUUUACGCAUUGAACCUGCUAAUUUGAACACUUCUGAUACUUGCAUCAAUAUUUCAAAACAAGAGGAUGAUCGAGACAAUCAAAUGGAUCUCAUUCGCUCAGUCAUAACUUUAUACAAGGAACUUGCACACAGUCUCCUUAAACUUUUGGGAGUCAGUCGGUUACGCAAAGUGAAAUGGAUCCAUACUCGAAGCAUUGAUGUUUUAUGUUGCAUUAGUGAAAUGUUAAAGAAUGACAAUCCCACAUCAGCACAACUUGACAUCAUAAGAAAAUCAAUCUUCAAAGCUGUUGAAUACGGGCAUGUUGAGUUUGUUACUCAUAUAUGUGAAGCACAUCCUCCAUUCGUAAAAAAACGUGAAGGAAACAAAAACAUAUUUCAGUUUGCGGUUGAAUGUCGUCAACAUAAAAUAUAUAGCCUUAUUCAUAGACUUGAUAGAGAGGACCAGAGAUUCUUUGGCACAUGUGCGACGAAGUUUCCAGAGAAUAUGUUACAUUUAGCAGGGAAAUUAUCUCCACUCUCAAGGUUCAAUCAUAUUAGCGGUGCAGCUUUGCAAAUGCAGCGAGAGCUACAGUGGUUUAAGGAGGUGGGGGAUUUUGUACCUGAGGCGUUGCAUGAAUGGAAUUCAGAUGGUAUGACACCACAUGAACUAUUUACUAAGAAUCACGAGAAACUAAAAGAGGAGGCAGAAGUCUCAAUGAAAGGGACAGCAACUUCUUGUACAGUUGUAGGUGCUCUCAUCGUUACCAUCAUGUUUGCUGCAGCAUUUACAGUUCCUGGUGGAAACAAUGGUAAUACAGGUUACCCGAUGUUUCUAGCUAAGAAGUUGUUUCUGGUGUUCAUAAUUUCAGAUACUCUAUCACUCGUUUCUUCCACAACUUCAGUCAUAUUAUUUUUGGGAAUCCUCACAUCACGUUAUGCAGAAAAUGAUUUUCUCAAGAAUUUGCCAACAAAGAUGAUGAUAGGUCUUGUCACUCUUUUUCUCUCUAUUGGCACCAUGAUGAUUGCCUUUUCUUCUGCCCUCAUCAUUAUGCUUAAUGAAGAAUACUCAUGGGCCAUUGUUCCUUGCAUUUUUGUUGCUAGUAUUCCAGUUGCCUCAUUUAUAUGGUUGCAAUUUCCCUUCCUUAUUGAGAUAUUCUGGUCAACUUAUGGACCAGGAAUAUUUGACAAGAAAGCCAAACCAUGGAUUAAACUCUGAUGCUCAUCUUUGGUUUUGCUUGAGUGAAGAAGGUGCGGCACAUCCUUAUGAGUAUGACUUA